AGAAAACUGCAUUAAAAAGUCAGUACUUCAACACCCUAACUCCGGAGAGAACGGCUUUAAAAGAAAUGAACGUGGACAUGGCCUCAGGGAUGAAUCAAACCUUCCCACUCAGCCAAGGGUGCCCUUGAAAGAGAAACCCUAUAAAUAUCAAGAGUUUGCUAAGAGCUUGAGGCCAGGUGCCUGUCUGGAGAGACCUCAAAGAAUCCCCACAGGAGACAAAUCCUUUAAAAAUACCCAGCACGGUCGGGUCUUCAGGCAGAACACACACCUUCACAGCCUCCCCGGGGCCCACGCAGGAGACAUGCCCUAUGGAUGCGAUGUCUGUGGCAAGGGGUUCAGGUAUAAAUCAGUCCUUCUCAUUCACCAGGGAGUGCACACGGGAGAGAAACCUUAUAAAUGCGAGGCAGGCGGCAAGGCCUUCGGGCGAAGCUCCAACCUGCUUGUCCAUCACCGGGUCCCCACUGGGAGAAACCGUAUAAAUGCAGCAAGUGCAGGAAAGGCUUCAGCUACAGCUCGGUGCUUCAGGUCCAUCAGAGGCUGCACAGGGGGGAGAAGCCCUACACAUGCAGCGAGUGUGGCAGAGGAUUCUAUGCUAAGUCCACCUUACGUAAGCAUCAGCAUGUCCACCUGGGGGAGAAGCCCCAUAGCUGUGUCAAAUGCCAGAAGGGAUUCAGUUGUAGCUUGCAUCUCAGCAGUCAUCAGAAAACGCACCCAGGAGAGAAACCCUACCAGUGUGACCAGUGCGACAAGGGUUUCAGUCACAACUCACACCUCCAGGCUCACCAGAGGGUUCACACGGGUCAGCGCCUCUAUGAGUGUGAUGUGUGUGGGAAGAGCUUCAGCUACAGCUCGGGGCUUCUCACACAUCAGAGACUGCAUACAAGAGAGAAGCCCUACAGAUGGGAGUGUGGGAAAGGCUUCAGCCGAAGCUCAGACCUCCACGUCCAUCAGAGGGUCCACACGGGAGAGAAGCCCUACAGAUGCACCAAGUGGGGAAAGGCUUCCAGCGGAAUUCAGACCUUCACAGUCACCAGAGGGUCCACACGGGGGAGAGGCCCUACAUCUAUGACGUGUGUGGGAAGGGCUUCAUUUACAGCUCUGACCUCCUCCUCCUUCAGAGGGUCCACAUGGGAGAGAAACCCUGUAAAUGCACCGAGUGCAGCAAAGGCUUCAGUUACAGCUCAGGACUUCUCAUCCACCACAGGGUCCACACGGACGAGAGACCAUACCGAUGCAAAGAGUGCGGAAAGGGCUUCAGAUGCACCUCGAGCCUCCACAAACAUCAAUGAGUCCACACGGGCAAGAAGCCCUACACGUGUUGAGUGGGGCAAGAGAUUCAGCUAUGGUUCCAACCUUCUCACCCACCAGACACUGCACAUGGGAGAGAAGCCCUACACUUGUUACGAAUGUGGAAAGGGCUUCCGGUACGGCUCAGGUCUCCUCAGUCAUAAGAGAGUGCACACUGGAGAGAAACCCUAUAGAUGUGAUGUGUGUGGGAAGGGCUACAGUCAGAGCUCACAUCUCCAAGGCCAUCAGAGGGUCCACACUAGCGAGAAGCCCUAUAAAUGCAAGGAGUGUGGGAAGGGCUUUGGUCGAAGCUCCUGUCUCCAUGUCCAUCAGAGGGUCCACACUGGAGAGAAGCCCUACAAGUGUGCAGAGUGUGGGAAAGGCUUCAGUUAUAGCUCAGGUCUGUGAAAUCACCAGAGGGCGCAUUUAAGCGAGGAACCUUACAAGGAGACCUGAGUUGAGGUCUCCCGUCAGAACUCAGAACUUUACAUUCAUCUCAGCGCCAAGGCAAGAGACAAACGUCAUGGACGUGAUGUGUAGGGAGGUCUGCAGGAGAGACUGACCUUUUCAUAGCAGCUGGUCUGUCUAGGAAGGGAAAAUCUGGAAGUUUGGUAAAUAGGGAAAACACUUCAAUCACAAACUUCAGUCUUUUUUUUUUUUAAUUUAUUAAUUUAUUUUUGGCUGCGUUGGGUCUUCGUUGCUGUGCGCAGGCUUUCUCUAGUUGUGGCGAGCAGGGGCUACUCUUCGUUGCGAUGCGAGGGCUUCUCAUUGCAGUGGCUUCUCUUGUUGCGGAGCACAGGCUCUAGGCGUGCAGGCUUCAGUAGUUGUGGCACAUGGGCUUCAGUAGUUGUGGCUCGCAGGCUCUAGAGCGCAAGCUCAGUAGUUGUGGCACACAGGCUUAGUUGUUCUGUGGCAUGUGGGAUCUUCCCGGACCAGGGCUCGAACCCGUGUCCCCUGCAUUGGCAGGCGGAUUCUUAACCACUGCGCCACCAAGGAAGCCCCACUUUUACAUAUUUUACUUUAUAACAAAGAGUAUAUAUCAAUUUUAUAGCAACAGUAAAGCUAUUUUU